UGUAAAGUUUAUAACUCAGAAAACUUAAUAAAUCGUUUGAGAGAGAGAGAGAGACACAGACUUGUGAAAACGGUAUCGUUUAAGAUGAGGAGGCACCACCACCGAUGCCAAAUCGGCUCCGACAGCGAAACCGGAUCCGAUAUCGAUUCCGAUACCGAUACCGAUACGGCGAUGCGAUGCAUCUCCUGUCGAGAAGAGUACCUCCCUCGCGACGCUGGAACCUGCAAGGAGUGCUACGUUGAAGCCGGCGAGACUGAGGAAGAACUCAAACGCGAGAUCGAUGACCUCAAGGCUAAAGUUGCUUUCCUCCGUUUAUCUUCUUCACUCGAUCAUUGCAAUAGCUCAAGCUCCAGGUCCUUCACUGAUGUUGUUCUCAUCGCCUCUGAGGACAACGCCGGAGCUCCUCCUAUUCCUGCUCAUAAAUCCGUUUUGGUAAGUCGUUCCCCAGUUUUCAAAGCAAUGCUUGAGAAUGAGAUGGAAGAGAGCCGUAGUGGCACUAUCAAGAUCAGCGAUGUAUCUUAUGACGCUCUUCGGACUUUCGUAUAUUAUCUCUACACAGCUGAAGCAUGUCUUGAUGAGCAAAUGGCAUGUGAUCUUUUGGUGAUGUCGGAGAAAUACCAGGUGAAGCAUCUCAAGAGUUACUGUGAGAGGUUUUUGGUAACCAAACUCAGUUGGGACAACUCUCUCAUGACCUAUGCCUUUGCCCACCAACACAACGCGAAACAUGUUCUUGAUGCUGCAUUGUCGCAGAUCACAGAAAAUAUGGAAAAACUUACUAAAAGAGAAGAAUACAUGGAGCUCGUGGAGAAGGAUCCUCGUCUAAUUGUUGAAAUCUAUGAAGCCUAUCUCUCAAACCAGAUCACAGAAAAUAUGGAAAAGCUUACUAAAAGAGAGGAAUACAUGGAGCUCGUGGAAAAGGAUCCUCGACUUAUUGUUGAAAUCUAUGAAGCCUAUCUCUCAAAACAGGUCAACACAGCGGCUGGAGGAACUAGCACAAGCAAAUCUGGUUGA